AUGUUUGACUACAUCAAUCCGACCAUCCUUCCUCUCGGCUUCUUCUUCUUUUUCUGCUCGCUGAUCGGAGUGAUCGGAAAUGCGAUUAUGGUCAUCUGCACGAUUCGAACCAAGUGAGUUUGGAGCUUUAAUUGAAAACCGUGCUUGCUCCAGGAGGUUCCGUUCGCCGUGUCAUCUUCUGAUUUGUGCCACCUGCAUUGCCGAUCUUCUGCAUCUUUGCGGCCAGUUUCCAUUCUGUGUUCAUCUGUUUGCCAAUCGUGAGCCAUCUCAAGCACACCGGGCCCCUAAUCUUGUGUUCCUAGUGACUUCAUCCCAAGCCCAGUGCUUCUACAUCCUCACGAUUCCAAUCGUCGGCUUCACGACGGGCGGUCCGCUCAUCCUGAGCAUGGGAAUAGACCGUUUGAUUGCGGUGAAGUUUCCCACAAAGUACCGCUAUUAUCAGGAAGAGCCGGUCACUUAUGUGGUCGGGCAAUUGGCGUUUCCUACCGUUUACUGCAUUGUAUUCUUGAUCUAUGGCUUUUUGGAGAGAAACACGGACGUCAAGAAGUGAGCACUUGCACCACCAGAUUCUUUCUCAUUCGUCCCUUUCAGUCAGAUAACCUGUUCCAACCCACUUUCUCUGAACGGCACCUCCUUCCAAAUGUACACCUACACAAGCGGGCUCAUCUACAUCGCCGUCUUCUUCAUCUAUCUCUCUGUCUAUGUCAUGCUGAAGUCGAACAAAGCCAGUGCUCGCUUCAAAAAUGUCUUCCGUUCGAUUCUGGUGACAGUCGGAUUUGUUCUUCUCGGCUGGGUCACCACCACCACUGCCAACACCCUUUCGUACUCUGUUUCGAGUGAUGUGAUGGUCAUCCAGCUGAUUCAAAUGUACGCGGGAAUCACUGUGAACUUCGCGGCCGCUUCCAACGUCUUCGUUUUCUACUCCAUCAAGUUAGUUUGCCACUUUAACUUUAACUAUUCCAACAUGUGUGUUUACUUUUCAGUUCCGAGUAUCGCGCGGUCAUCCAGUCGAUGUUCGGUUGUCGUGCAAAAGGCGGAACCCCGGUGUUCGAGCCGUCGAGCACUCAGACGGUCACGAAGGUCGGUCCCGCUCGAUCGGUCUCCCAACCUUCCGUUGCACUCCAAGCAAAAGCGCCCGCUGCUCGACGGAUGACUGUUUUAUAG